AGAGCGGAGCAGGCACUGGCUUGACUGUGUUACUGAGGCAUUUUGUCUGCACUCUUUGAUGAAUGGUGUUGUUAAAGGGAAAUAGCUCAUCAACCGGCCGUGGACCCGUGCGUUCCAUUCUUCGUUCGUCCUCAGCGGAUACAACUCCAACCCUGACUGGAGUUCUACUGCUCCUUCUCCCCCUUUGCCCCUUCGCAAGGUCCCCCUCCCCCCUGUAACUGGCCUUAGUCUCACCUGAGAGAAGCUGAAGACCUGUAAGCUCCAGCAAGCCCCUGCACCCCCACGUCCCGAGAACAAGGGCUCCAGCUGGGGAGAGCAGACGCAGGAGACGCACGAUGGACUGCAGCUAUGCUUUGGCUCAGAUAGUGCCGGCCGCUUGACUUGGCUCGUUUUGGGGGGGUUGGGGGUGAGAGAGAAGACAAAAGGAGGGCAGAGAAGAAUUUGGAGCCGUGUUCUCCAGGAGCGAGGUGGGAGGAGAACCCGCCCUGACACCAGCCGGCGAGGGAGCUGAGUUCCUCAGGAUGAUAUUAGGAAGUAUCAACCGAACAGGGGCGGUCCCCACUUUUCUGCGGACCCCUACAGUGAUCCAACCUCAUCUGGACAUGAAGCCCUUCCUGCAGUUUCCCAUGGAGACAGCCCCACCUCACAGCGUUGGGCUCUUCCACAAUUUUAACACGAUGGAUCCCGUUCAGAAAGCAGUAAUCAACCACACCUUUGGUGUCCCUCUGGUCAAGACCAAGCGGCCUGUCAUCUCCUGUAACGUCUGCCAGAUCCGGUUCAACUCCGAGAGCCAGGCAGAGGCCCACUACAAGGGCAACCGCCAUGCCAGGAGGGUCAAAGGCAUCGAGACCUCCAAGAGUCGCCCACUGGAGAGUGACAAGCCUCCCCCUGGGCCCAUGGCAUCACUAUCACCCCCAGGGACGCUGCUGCCCAGCGGAGACACUGACUCCAGCAGAGCAGAUGAAACGCAGCUGAACAGGUCUUUGGCAGCCCAGGGGCCCAUGUCAGCCCCUGCUACCCCAGACUCCCCUGGUCCCCUCAUGCCAAGCCCUGCCUCCACCUUGGCCCUGCCCGCUGCCACCUCCAUCCCAGGCUGUGGCUCCUCAAACCCGGAGCAAGCUGGCCCUGGGGCCACUGCGGCAGUCAUGGGCCCCGCUCACGGAAACCCCGAGACUGAAGAGGACAAGGCCAAGAAGCUGCUGUACUGCUCCCUGUGCAAAGUGGCUGUGAACUCUCUGUCCCAGCUGGAGGCGCACAACAAAGGCACCAAACACAAAACCAUUCUGGAGGCCCGUAGUGGGCUGGGCCCUAUUAAGGCGUACCCUCGCCUGUGCCCCAAGCCCAGCGGGGAACAGGGAGGCGGGCCCACGGACCCCAACACUCAGGAACGCACCUUCCACUGUGAGAUCUGCAACGUGCGGGUCAACUCGGAACUGCAGCUCAAACAGCACAUAUCAAGUCGAAGGCACCGGGAUGGAGUAGCAGGGAAGCCCAACCCACUUCUAAGCCGCCACAAAAAGCAGAGGGGUGCAGACCUCGCGGAUCUCACCAAAGCCCUGGGUGCUGGCCUACUGCCCAGUCCUCUGGCCGUUGCCGCAGCGAUGGCAGCUGCUGCAUCCUCCGGUCCGCUGGCUCUGCGCGCCGCUGCUCCCGCCCCACACCCGCAUCAUCAUCUCCUGCAGGGACCGCCCCUUAGCCAUGCCAUCCUGAGGCCGGCCCCUGGGCCCAUCCGCACCUCACACGGGCCGAUUCUCUUCUCUCCUUAUUGACACACAGCCCCCCCGCAACAGCCAGUCGAGAGCAGCACCUCCUAAAGCACACUGUGAAGAAAUCAAGAGAAAAAAACAAACAGUAAACCACAGCAAAGACUACAACUAACUCAUCCACCAACUACUCGAUCCUAAAACAAGCUAGAGUGAGAGGAAAAUGGACAACAAAGAAGGGAAAAGAAGACCUGCCAGGAAUUGCAUCCUUCUCUUCCUUACUCUGCCCCUCCUCCUUUAUUGGGCGGGACUGACUGAGUGAUUGGCGGAUGAAUAGGCGAAUGGUGAGGAGGGGAGAUAUAGUAUAUAGUACUUCAUGCAGUUCUCCUGUGCAUCACCUUCUACCCUUCGCUUCCUUUCACACAAACACUGUGAGACAGGAGCAGUCACGUAGGGACCAGCUGCACUGCUGGUGAGUUAUGUAACUAUAUACAGACACUAUUAUACACAAACACAAACAUGCAUACAGAAAGACUACUGCUAACUGUUUCCACAUGGACUGUGCCGCAGUGCGUGCGCAUUCCCCCCUCUCGUUCUGGUUCAGGCCCUGCGCACCUGAAAACAAAUAAACAAACAGAACAACAACAGAAAGCCAAGUUCCGUCAGUCAGACAGCUGCUCUGAGACAUCUCCACUUCGAUCAAGUCGUGCCCCUUAGAACUCGGCCGGGCGAGAUGCCAUGUGUCUUGUCACGAAGUGGCAACAGCUUCCUGGAAGGAGCCAUGGCGAUCCACACGGCAGGCAGCCACGGCAUGACUUGGGUCGAGACGCCGGGCGCAGCGGUCGUUGUGAGCACAGCCGGUCGGUCGCCAUCUCGGGUGAGAGAGGCCCCGGCUGACCUAAUGCUAGUCUGCGGAAACAUCUUCUCAGAGUCUGUUAGAAGUGGUUCUGUGAUUCGGAUUCAAAAUGGACUCAUCAAAACAUUUCCUGAGGGGAAACGUCAACCUUCAAUCAAGUGAGCUCCCUCUGCCCACAGGGCCGGGGACAAGUGCAGAAGCGAUCCCAGAGUCCCUGCUGUUCAUCGCUCUGUGUGCGAUGGGCUAACACUCUCCUAGCUCUCAAAGGCAGACCAGUAAACAUCUAUUUAUUCUAUCUUGUAGUGUAGUGUAGUUCAGCACUUCCAAGCUGGCUGAUAUUGGUAGUAACACGUAAAUGAAAUAUGUCAAAUAGAAGACAGUGCAGCUGUAAGUAGACUCACAGUGGUGACUGCAGACAUGUUGGACUGGUUGGUAGGUAGUGACCCCAGACAGAGACCGACAACAUAAGCACAUGUUUGGACUCUCGCGCACUUCCUCCCUCUCUCUCUCUUUCUGCCUCUCUCUCUCUCUCUCUCUCUCUCUCUCUCUCUCUCUCUCUCUU